AUGGCCGAUCCAUCAGCAGUGGCCGCGGAGGCUUUCGUUCCCAUGGAGGCACCCACGGUAGCGGCAGUCGAGAUCCGCCACGAGGAACCUCCGGACGACACCCACCCUCCGCCGCCGAUGCAACAACCUCCCAUGGAAGAACAAGGUCCGACAAUAAUGGAUGCCAACAAUACGCCGAUGGAGUUGGUGCCAGUAGCAAUAAUGAACCAAGAGCCGGCAGUAGAACAGCACCAGCACCACCAAGAGCAAACUAUCCACGAAGUGGCAGCCCCGCAGGAUCCAGUAGACACCGUUGUGGAACAUCCCAAGGAAGAGCCGACGGCCAUAGAAAUGGUUCCUCAUCAUCAGACUACACAUCCCGAGCCUGAGCAUCAGGAGACUGUUCCUGUAGAAGAAGCAGCAGCACCAACCCUCGAAACGAAAAUGGAAGCGGAUAUGCCGGUUGACAACAGUACCGUCCACUAUCAUCCGGGUGCACCAGUGGCAAACCCCACCAUCGAACCACCCGUCGAGACACCCCAGAUGAUGCCAACUCCAAUUCAGGCUGAGGCGGAGAAGAAGGAGACCGCCCCUGAAACUACUACUGAAGCGACACACGUCGAAACGAAAAUGGAAGAGAAUGAUCCGAUGAACAACGACGCUGGUGGUAAUCAUCAUCACCACCAUCAUCACCCAGCUGCACCAUCCGUGAAUCCGGAAAGUGCCCACCCCACUACGGACGAAAGCAAAGAACCAACCACCGAGCCCAUCAACAACAGCAAUGAACCCAUAAAGCAUGAACCCAUCAACAACAACAACAAUGAACCCAACAACAGCAAUCGCUACUUGGAAGCCCUGGCGGAAAUGAAACCCACACCUGCGGAUCUCAAGUAUGAUUCCACCAAUUCCUCCACAGAACAACAACAGCCGAUGCCUCCUUUGGGAUCCGCCGCCGCCAUGCCAUCGACCGUGGCAGUAUUAGGCGAUGGUAGUACUAUCAAUCUGGAACGCCCCGUCCACAAGAAAAAGUGUGAGGUGCUCAAGAGACGACAGGAUGUCACCACGGUAGUGACGCGGACGGGGAAAACUUGGAAUGAAAUGUUUGACAUUCUAGUUCAGUACAAAAAGAACUUUGGGGAUACGCACGUGCCCGACAGAUUCAAGUGGGAGGGUGUCUGCUUGGGAUUGUGGGUUAGAAAUCAACGGCGACGGGAAACAUCUCUGACGCCAGAGCAACAUCGGCGUUUGACCGAGUUGGGUCUCGACUGGCAAACACAGAAUGAACGCUUUGAUAAUGUGUGGCACGAACGAUACGCUAAACUCACAGAGUACCGAUUGGAGCACGGGGAUUGCAAAGUCCCGUACACUUACAAGAAGGAUCCUGCACUGGCCAAAUGGGUUAGCCAGCAGCGUGCGCAGCAGGCACAAGGGAGGUUGGCUCCGGAACGAAAGGCCAAGCUUGAUGCAAUUGAUUUCUCCUGGAAGCUAAAUACGGUCAAGAACCGCAACACAAAGACCGAAGACAUGAAGUGGCAACGACAGUACGAGAAGUUGAUUGCAUUCCACCAGGAGCAUCAACACUGCAAGGUCCCUGACCGAUACAAGCCUGAUCGGCCAUUAGGAACAUGGGUGAAGAAGCAACGCCUGGCCAAUGCGUGCAACCAGCUCAAGGAAGAGCGGAAGAAACUGCUUGACGAAUUGGGCUUUGUCUGGAGAAUCACGGAUAAGACGGAUGGAGACAAGUGGGACAAGAUGUUUCAGCAACUCAAGAAGUACAAAGAAGAGAAUGGGACUUGCCAUGUGUCGCGUACUGUCCCUGAUGGUGAUUUGAAGCCUUUGGCUAGAUGGGUGAAGACUCAGCGGGCUCUUUACAAAUCGGGAAAGAUCUUGUCAGAUCGACAGGAGAGACUUGAAAGCAUUGCGUUCGUGUGGGACGGGACUCAGUUGCCCAUCAAGCGCAAGCGAAGGCGCCAAUCGGAAGAAGGAGAAGCAAUAAUUGAACAUCAUGGUGAACCUCUGGCAAAACGAACUAGGGGAGAUGAUGUCAUUAUGGAAGACCAGGAAGGUGGCAAGGAAGAGGAGAUGACAGCAAAGGUCAUACAGCAGGAGUCGCCGACAAAAGCCGAAGGUGUCUCACCAGGACCAGUCAUUGUUGAUGCAGAAAACAUGGAUGAUUCGGAUUUGAAGCCUGCAGCCAAGGAGAGUGCAGCGGAAGUUGUCGGCGAGGCUGAACAGGGUACCAACGACGUCGCAGUUGUGGUUGCUGCUGAAACAGAGGAUAAAGCACUUGUUUCUACAAAUGAUACUCAGCCAGUUGAACAAUCUGCGGAAGUGCCAGCUGAACAAGCCACCAAAGGGCCAUCUCAAGUUGAAAACAGCGCACCCAUCACAGCAGCGGCAACUCAACCUGAAGCAAACCACAAGACUGAAAACAGCCAACCUGAAGCAACUGCGACAGCUCAACCUGAAGCACCUAUGACAGCUCAACCCGAAGCACACCAAGAGGCUGAAAGCAGCCAACCUGAAGCAACUGCGACAACCCAGCCCGACGCAUACGGCGACGCACCCGUCACAGCAGCGGCAGCUCAGCCCGAAGGAUACAACAAUGCUGAAAACAGCGCACCCGUCACAGCAGGGGCAGCUCAGCCCGAGGGAUAUGAUAAUGCUGGAAACGGUGCCACAGUCGCAACCUUUGCUGCACAUCCUGGGGCAAACGAGCAGGCCGAGGAGAGAAUCAUUUCAACACCGGCUGUGCCGGUAGUCGAAGGAACUCACAUGGGCUUUAGUGGUCAAGAGGCACUCCCAGUGGAAAACGGAGACCUGGAACCUCCUCCGACAUAUAUUGCGCAGCCAGCUGCACCGUCGCCUUUGCGACGCACGAGUAAGCGAGAGCUGCCAAGCUCCUCCUCGUACCAAGCUCAGGCUGCCAGUGCUGAUCAGCCCCAAGAAGAUCGUCACGAGGAAGAUAGUAACAAGAAACCUCGCACAAUCCUGGACUAUCAAGUGGAGCUGGUGUGA